AUGCAGAUGCUAUAUCUGUUGUGGAUACCCGCUGUCGUAAACGUCGGUCUAGCUCAGACGGAAGAUGUAAAUGUUGUUAUCGUUGCUGAUGCUGAUUCUUCCUCAACACCCGCGGGAGAGACGACGGAAAAACCAGAGGAAAGCAUAACUAUUCUGACAACUACACCUAUUCCGGCUCCAUUAACCCCUUUGGAUACACCUCCUCCGACUACACUACACCCUUUGGAAGAGUAUGAGAAGCUCCCUAAACCAGCGGACAAGUGUAUUAGAUAUGUAAGAAAAGAUGGCACAGUCAUGGAUCACAAGAUCUUCCGAGAACAUAGAAUCAAACUUGAGAACGCAUCGAGAUUUUGUGAAGAAAAUGGGAUGGAUCUCGGAUCAUUUGAGGACGAAAAUGAGUCACGAUUUGUUACGACUCAAUAUCGUGUACAUGAAUGUGAACUCCCACUUGAAUGUGACGUAAAAUUGUGGAGAAAAGUAAACAACAGGAAGUACACAAACAAGAGAUGGCCACUUGUAUCCUUAGACGAUGGAAGUCUUUUCCCGUUCUCCUACUCUAAAGCCAGCUAUUACUGGGAUUAUCUAGAUACUAUAGAGUUAGGAGUUGUUUGUUCCAAGAAAAUUGCUGAACUUUCGGCCUACCCAAUAUUCCCCGAUCCAGAUCCUAAGAGCACGGGUGUGAUUGUUGAGAAAUCUAAUGGCGCCAAGUACCAUUAUCAUGUCGUUUCAAGCGGUCUCAUAACUCUGAACAAAGCUCGAAGGGAAUGUAAAAAAAUCGGAUACAAACUAGCCGUAUUUAGUAAUGACAGAGAAGAAAAGUUCGUAGUAGAUGAAUACAAAAGCAAGUACUGUAAGUACUGCAACGCCGCCUACUGGAUACGGCAUAAAAGGCGGAACUUCGUAAGGUACUCGGAGAGGUGCUACGCGUUAUGGUUCAAGGGUCGCAGGCGAGUGGGAAUGGACUGCUCGGGACGAAUGAAUCUUAGAGAGAAUCAUCCCUACUGGGCGGAAGGCUACAUAUGUUCAAAGAAACUUCGUGAACAUGUUGAUUCCUCUGAAACACAUGUCGAGAAAUAA